AUGAUGGGUCUGGGAAGCUGCAAGAACUUCAAUGGCAUGCAAAACUUCGAUCCUGCCCGGUUCAACGGGACCUGGUACGUCAUGAAUAAGGUCGGCACGCGGAGUGAUUGCCUCGUCGUGACCUACAACCUGAUGGAGGACAACCAGAGCUUUGAGGUGGAGGAGGUGCGGCGGCCGCCCUACAGUGAUGUCAUCCCUCUUGACUUCGCGAUCACUAACACUGGCUCGCUGACUCCCAAGGGUGGUAACGGGAAAUACACUGUCAGGUGGAAUAACGGCAUCAUUCCCUUCACUGGCACCUAUGCAGUCCCCAAUACUGACUACGAUAACUUCGCCAUUGAUAUUGAGUGCCAGGAGUUCUUUGGGUUCCUGAGACGAAUUUCAGCCACAAUCCUCAGCAGGAACCCAGAGAUGGACGACGCAAAGGUUGGAGAGCUGCUGGAUGAACUGUCAACACAGUUCGAAAUUCCAAGAAAUCGCAUGAAUGCGGUGGACCAAACCAACUGCGUCGAAAUGGAAGCAAACGACUUCAAAUUCAUUGUGGACGAGAAUGGCAUCAGGAGCGCCCUUAAAGACCUCAAAAAGAUUGAGUACCUGUCAAAGCUGCCCCCUGAACAGGCAGCUGAAGUUGUGGAAACAUUUGAGAACUGA